ACACACACACCUCCUCCUCCAAACUUGCAGCUCUCUAGCUCUCUCUCUGCUCCUCCUCCUCUUCUUCUUCAUCAUCUUCAUCCUCUCCCUGCAGGAGAACCAGAGAACAUCUCCGAGCAGACGGACACCUGCCUGUCCGCCUUCCCCUCUUCUCUCCCGGCUGUGUCUGCCCGGAGCUCGGGUCUCGACCAGCGGACCCUCCUCGGCUCUGUGUGCGGCUCGGACCGCGCUGAGGGCGGCUGGAGGACGGAGGAGGAGCCGCUGCUGCUGGUGGAUAUUUAGAUGGAGGCUCCGGAGGCUCACCUUGGGAGGAGAGUUCAAUCUGUGAUGCCUGACUGCUGAUGACCCCUGAUGAUCCCUGAUGACCUCUGAUGACCCCUGACCUCUCUGACAGACACCCCUGAGAGGAUGGAGGGAGGAGAGGAGGCAGAGUCCCUGUCUGGAGUGGGAGGAGCCUCCCCACGAGGACAAAAUGACCUCAUCAAUACCCGGGGUUUGGGGGCUGAGCCUCGCAAGGCACUGCUGUCAGUGUACUCGGCGCCUCAGUACCAGGGGCGUGUGGUGGUUAGCACCCCCUCUCAGCAGGAGCAAAGUGCUGCUCCUCCUCAGUUCCUCAACCCCAGUGCUCUCCUCCCCCAGGUGGCAUCGGACCCCCGCCUCCGGCCGGCCGCCAGCCUCCUGCUCUGCCCAGAGGGAGUGCUGAGGGCCUGGGGGGAGGCUCGGGGAGGAGACUGCUGUGAGACCACCUUCAUCGAGGGGUUGGGUCCGGACGCGUCCUCUGUUCCUGCUGCCUCCACCAAGGAGGUGCUUCUGUUCGCUGAUGGGAAGUUUCUGGAGUUUUCUGGUGAUGAUGCAAAGAUUCACACGCUGUCGUACGACAUUGACGACGACGACGACUUCCAGGAACUGGAGAGCGAUUACUCCAGCGAAUCAGAGAGUGAGGACGCUUUCCUGCUGAUGCCUCCCAGAGAUCACCUGGGCCUCAGCGUCUUCUCCAUGCUCUGCUGCUUCUGGCCGCUCGGCAUCGCUGCCUUCUACCUGUCGCAUGAGACCAACAAGGCGGUGUCUAAGGGGGACUUCCACCUGGCCAGCUCCAGCUCCAGGCGCGCCCUCUUCCUGGCCGUCCUGUCCGUCACCAUAGGGACGGGGAUCUACGUGGGUGUUGCCGUGGCGCUCAUCGCCUACCUGUCCAAGAACCACCACUGGUAACCAUGAUGAUACAGAGAGUUCCCCGGCAGCCCGUCCCUCCCCUGCUCUCAGGUGGAGGUGAGGUUCCUCCGCAGGUCAGCGUCCUGCAUGGCAGCGAAUCGGCGGGUCGAGCGCUCGACAGGUGGAGCUCUCACCUGAAACCUGUCAGCCAAUCAGAUCGCAGGAUCUCUGAGGCGGAGCCAAGAGGAAGUUUGUUUGUUGUGAUUUAAAGAAAUGACUGAAUUUAUUUAAUCUGCAUGAAAACCGAAACAUAAAAUCACAAACUGUCCUAAAACACUGAUUACAGACAUGCUUUUUGCUCUGUUUGUUGUUGUUUACUCUGUUGUUGUUUAUUCUGUUUGCUGAUGUUUAUUUUGUUUGUUGUUGAUGCUUUUAAAUUGAUGCUUUAAUCAAACUUUGACUGUAAAAAGUCAUAAAUUUGCAUUUUCUAUCAGCUGAUCAUUUUAUUGACGAGUCGUUUCUGAUGAACAUUUGAGACCAGAACAUCAAAGCAACAUCAACACAAUGUCCUUUAUUGAUUGAUUGAAGCAGGACGUUCCUUCAGUCCCCAUGACGACGUUCUUUAACACUGGACUCCUUCUGAGUUUUUCCUUCAGUUUAUUGAUUUUUUAUUGAUUAAUUGAUUAACUGAUCGUUUAAUCGACAUGUUUCCAGCCAGGCAGAAGAAAAACGUCAACAUGUGAACCCACCCGGCUGGGAGCGGAGGGUGAAUGACACAAACGCACUAUUAGAUGAUCAGCUGAAAUUUAAGCCCCACCUCUCUCAUUGACCACAGUUCCAUUUCACAAAGUUAGCACGAUGCUAAGCUAACAUGUCGCUAACAUGUCCGUCUGAGCAGCUGGUGAAUCAAAUGCUUCAUAUCUGCAGUAAAACCAGAGCAGCCAGGUGAAACCACACCUGAGUUCACUCAAACAUCUGAUCCAAUUAAUCAGCAGAAUUAUUUUAUUUUAUUAUUAAGAUUUCACUGAAACAUUAAGGAAUAAAGAAUUCAAUCUUUUUGCUUUA